UCCACAAAACUAGCAUGAACAUUACCAGGACUGAGCAGAAUUGAGAAAUAGUGUAUUAAAUUCUACAAAUUGAUUUUACAGUAUCUACUGUAGAACGGAAUUAGCUCUUUCACAACUCGCUAAUGGAAUACUAUCUUUAGAUGUCAUUAUUAUCAUAAACUACCUAAGCGAUCGAAGAUUAUAACUUAAAUCUAGAUGACAAAUAAUGAUGGACGCUUGCACACUCACAGCUGCAGCAGAAAUAUAUUGAUGAAGAUUUUAUUUUAAUUAACUUUCUCCGUGGAAUAUUUGCAAUUAUUAGCUUAUAAAAGGAUUCAGACAGUAACCAAACACUACUUGUAAUAUAUUUCACAGAAAAGACAUUGCUUUCUUAAGAAACACAUGAGCGGUUAAUAUUAAGGAUUCGAUGGAUAUUUAGUGUUUAGCGACUGUAGUGUUUGGCGACUGUGUUUAGCGACUGAGUGUGUUUAGCGACUUAGUGUGUUUAGCGACUCUGUGUGUUUAGCGACUGAGAGUGUACGCGUGAUGGGUUGUGUGGUAUCAAGUUCGCGUCUCGCGCAUUCUGACGAUAAAGAACUUCCACAGUUUGUAUCAGCUGAGGAUAUACGACUCGUACAGGAAAGCUGGUUACUCGUGCAGCAAGACAUGGAUAAUAUAGGACUUAUCAUAUUUAAAAGGUUUUUCAAGGACAACAGAGAUUUGAAGCGGUUGUUCUACACAAAGUUGCGAGGGGAAGACAUGGAGAUGGGCAAUAUCGAGGAGGGUGAAUUUGAUGAAGAUAAACUCCGUAUGCACGGCCGUAUAGUCAUGGAAGCGCUAGGAGCAGCAGUUGAAUGCUUAAACGAUAGUGAACACCUCACAGCUUUACUCAUUGGUAUCGGUGAAAGGCACGUGAUGUACGGUGUAAAGUCUGAUAUGGUUCCUCGCCUGUGGCCUGCCAUCGUUACAACACUUGAAGAACAAUUAGGAGACAACUUCGACAAUAAAGUAGGAAAGGCAUGGGAGAGGGUGUUCCAGUAUAUUGGAGGAAAAGUUAUUGAGGGUAUAAAUAGGUGGAAGAAGAAAAAGUAGUUCCGUCAAAAUGAACACUGUUUAUGAAGCUCAAGUGCAUUAGUGGACAUUUCAUAAUACCUUUUAAGUUUUAAAGACCCACCACGACCUAGUGACCUACUUUUUCACCUACAAAAUUUCAUGAAAAUCAUUCUUAUGAUACAGGUAAUAUACACUAUAUAACA